UCGCUCAGUUCGACUUUUGGAAGCAGAGAUGUUCGCAGUAAAGAUUAUGUGGGUAGUUGUCCUAGCGGCAUGUGCCCGAGCUGAAGGCGGGCAUGGCGGAGUCAUCGGGAGGCACGCACUGAGCCACGCCAGCCACGGAGGAGGAUACGCAAGCCACACCCUUAGAGUCGGAGGCUUCCACGGAGGCGCCCUCGGUAUCUACCUACGGGUACGGUGGGUAUGGAGGUUAUGGCGGCGGCUAUGGAGGCUACGGAGGAGGCUAUGGUAGUUACGGCAGCGGACACCGAGGGGGGCACCAUGGGGGGAAUUAUGGGACUUACAGCAGCGCCAGAGGGACCAGCCACUUCAACCUCGGACGAAGGCUGCCCCACACAGGCUCUGGAGGCGGAUAUCUGGGCCACCGAGGCGGCUUCGCUGGUGCUUAUGUGUAUGGGUUUGGCAAGUGAUUGAAGCUUUGGUAA